AAUGAAUUCCACAAUCCUGAAAAAGUCCUGUCAUUUACCUACUGUCACAGAAGAGUUUGCUAAAAGAAGCAAGAGAUAUGCAAUUAACCCUGCAGGAAAAAAGUGGGAUCACUAUAACAUCACAUACAGGAUUGUGCAGUUUCCCAGCACUUUAAACAAAAAUGAAACAAGGAAAGCUAUUGCAGCUGCCUUCAAAAUAUGGAGUGACAUUUCCCCCUUAACGUUCAAGGAAGUGCCACCAGAAAACGAGUCAGACAUCAAACUAGGUUUCUACACAUUUAACCACACUGAUUGCUGGUUUUCACUCCUACAUCCCUGUUUUGAUGGCCUUAAUGGAGAGCUCGCCCAUGCUUUUCUGCCCCCUCUUGGAGAGAUCCAUUUUGAUAACCAUGAGUUCUGGAUUCUAGGAGAAUCACGUUUCAGCUGGAAACAAGGAGUCUGGCUGAAUGACCUGGUACAGAUUGCAGGACACGAAAUUGGCCAUGCACUAGGACUGUGGCAUUCCCGUGAUGUGAAAGCACUAAUGCACCCCAAUGCAACUUACAUGAGAACGCGACAGGUCAGCCAGGAUGACAUCUGGGGAAUCCAGCGUCUCUAUGACUCUCAAUGGGCAACUCCAGCAACAAUAUCUCAUAUGCCUAAUAUCACAAUAAAGUAUGUCCCAAAGGGACGAAUCGUUACCUUCCGCUGUGGAAAAAACAUCUCAAGGUCCAGGAUUAAUGUCAGAUGGUACAAAAAUGGAGAACUCUUGUCACAGUCUGUCCCAGGAUACAUCACUCUACGGAACAAAGAUCUCAGCAUCAUUGCUAAUGAACUUAAUGAGGGUGAAUACACAUGCAAGAUCUGCCGCAGAAAUACCACAGUCCGAUCUCAUUCCUGGCUCAUCAAACUUCAACAAGACAAUGUGGAUUACUGAUACUUGUGGGGGCUACCAUUUAUAUUUUGCUGUCAUUCUUUUAAAUAAAAUUAGUACAAUUAAGCAAAGAUA